GUUAAUAGCUGUUAGCGUGCUAUUUAUUCUGCUAUCCACAAAGCGACGAAUCCACAGCCAACGUGAGUCAAUCAAAUAUGGCGUCAAGCGCGUUGCCGCGCGCUGUCUGCUCCUCAUGCACGUAGUUUCGGCAGCUAUAUCAGUGCCUUCAGCGCUGUGCGGGGUUCCAUCGUAGACCGAUAUCGCCCAAGGUGAAGCGACCACGCAAGGGAGCCGCGGACCGGCGCCGCCGGGUCCGGUCGGGCGCGGGCGGGCGGCCAUGUUCCAGUCGAAGGUUAGUCCUAGUCCGACCCGGAGCAGCAUCAAGGAGGCCAACGACCACCUGCAGCUGCUUCACGUCAAGGUGGCCGAACUCGAGCGCACCGUGCAAGAGCAGGCUGAGGCCCUCAUUAAGAAGGACGAGGCGAUGCAGACGCGCAUCCGUGACGUCGGCGACGCCAAGGACGCGCGCAUAGCCGAGCUGGAGUUGCAACUGGCGGCCGCCGAAGAGAGGCUACGCAAGCACGAAGAGCUGCUCCGAGAGCGGGACAUGCAGCUAGAGCUGCUGUCGCACCGUUACGCGCUCGUCGACGAAGUGGCCGCGUAUACGCCGGUCGUGGAGAAGCUGCUGGCGGCCAUGCGCAGGCUGCCGGCGAAAACGCCGAGCCGGCAAGCGCCGCGAUCGCGAGCCAACUCGAGAGGAAACUUGACAGCCGCGUCGGCGUCGUCGGUGGCGACGCGCAAGAGUUCGACGCCCGGGACGCCCAACCACGAUGGCGUCGGCGGCAACAGCGUGCUCGUAGAUGGCCACGCGCUGUCUGAACUGCGCAUCGGUCGCAGUUUCAGCAUCAACAGUAACUUUUCCGCAUCCGAGGACGAAGCCGACGUUGUUGGCGCCAUGCUGUGACGAAGGAUGGGUCAAGCGCGGGCGCGCUUGUUGUCGUCUGCUACGGGGGAGGAACUUAGCUUCGCGUGUGCAUCGUCGUCUUCGAGGUAGUAUCGAGUUGAGACAAGAAUGGUAUUAGUUUGUUGAGAAAGAGUCGGGUUGAGCGCUUCCGGGGCGCUCUUCUUCGGGAGCGCAGAUUUUAGCCUAAUAAUACGUCGCGUCUGUUUCGAAACUCGGGGAAACCCGAGCGCGACUAUGCCUUUAUCACAAGAGAGGGGGGGGGGGGGGGGGGGGAUGAUAAUGGAAUGGGAUACAGGGAAUGGUGUUCCCAAGGAGUAAUAUAAGCACGGCAGAACUUGUGGCCUGAAUGCGUGCAGCAAACACAUGUUUGCUGUGCAUACCAUUGCCUGCUUCUAAAGCAAUGCUGCCUUAAAAGCUUGUGAAACGGCUUCCUGCAGUGUAGCUCAUUCUAUGCUUCCCCGCGCUUGCUGCUAAUUGAUUUGUUUGCAAUAUAUUUACUAUUAUUAGGACCACAUAAGCAUCGAACAUGACCAGAAAUACUUACAAACUUAGAAGAAGGUGUACAUGCCGGAAUGUUGUGAAGACAUCUUAGCUGCUGCAAAAUGCUUGCCCAAGAAGCAGCGAUUCGGCCUCUAAUGCUUUGUCACUUUGGCUGAGCAUGCUGUUUUUUAUUGUAGAAGCAUGACUUCAUUUUUUUACGAGACCACCUUCCUGAAAUGAUGAGGUGUUCAUCCUGAAGAAGGGCUUCAGCAUCGAAUGUGACUGCAGUCUUGUGCAACUGACUGUUCCGCAAAGGCCUUGUGGAAACAUUCCAAUGGUGAUAACUUGACGAUCUUGUCUUGUUGUAUGUGCAAUGCAAGCUACUGCAACUUCGGCAUCACAGUCGUCUUCUCCAGCGCUUUUGUGUCCCUUGGCUGUGCUGUUCUCUUGUACCUAAUAGGAAUCUCAACUUGUUCUCGUUAACCCAAGGUAGUGGCACAUGCAGUGCAUCCCCAUCUGUGCUUCAAAGUCCCAACCCUUAAUUUAUUUGCCUAACUUAUAAUUUUGUUGAUACAUAUAUAUAUAUAUUUCAAAUCUCUGACACUUUUUGUCAGAUGCAGAUGUUACCAGUUAUACAGUAUUAUUCAGUAUGUCACAUUUGUACCUCCACAAAUCCCUGUAUGCUGUGUGUGUUGUGCAUAUGAAGAAUGUUGGUCUGGUACCAUAACUUUCGUUUUUUUUUUUUUUCAAUGGUCUUUAGAGUUAAAGCAAGCCUUAGCACGAGCUUCCAGCUGAUAAAUAUGUAGAUAAUGACGAAAAUGCACUUCAAUGACUAUGGUAGCGGAAGCUAGCCUAUGCUUUCUGCGCUCACUGCAAUUCUAAGGUAUGUCUGAGUGUUGCUUCCAUGAAAAAGCCCACUAUAAAUGUAUGUCUUAUGGGCUAUACGAUUUUUCACAUUGAUAAUGCCACCUUUAAAAAUUGGCAAUGCUUGCGAAGUGCACUAGUAUGCUUUUAACGGCUGCUAAUACUAUUUGCGGCUGUGGUGGCAGCAUUUCGAUUGGGAUGAUAUUUUAAAAAUGUUCAUGAAUCUUUAGAGCUGUCCGGGAUGAUGUCUGUCACAGAGCAGUCAAUGUUCAAGCUUUGCCAUGUAAAAUGCCACACACGCAAGGAAAAAAAAAUCCUUACAGCUGAACUGCCUGAUGUACUGCACAAUUUCAAUCUCAAUUUCUUCUGAUUUCUCACCACUGUAAAAAAAUUUCUGUUGUCCAUGUAUUGAAAAGUAUUUCGGACUCUUUAGUACAUUGUGCCGCUUGUAUUAACUUGCUGGACAUUGCUGGUGGCAUGUGUAUCUCCAUAAGGUAAAGCGACCAUUAUUCAUAGCCACCAGUGGCAAAACAAGAGUGUAGUGCGUUACCUGUGUUGUAAGAGCAUAGCCUGCAGCAAAAUUUGGUGAUUAAUUUUUGGAAAGAAAGCACCAAGGGUGAGAAAGGCACUCAAACUGGCACUACACUAAGCAAAUAGUUGUAAUGAAGAAAGCAUAUGCAAGUACUCAAACAUUGUUCCUUUCGAUUCAGUGCAUCUGCAUACCUGCCAACUCGUCCAAGUUUUCCGUAUAAUUUACAAAUUUGGGCUUAUCUUACAAUUUUAGGUAUGUUGUACCAAUUUUUACGGAAAAUAAGCUCUGUCCGUGAAACUUUUACUCAUCGGUUUCUGAACCUGCCAUUGGAAAUCGUCUGAUGGUGAAAGGAAGCCUCCAAAAGUGCUCCUCUGUACUUGCUUCAAGCAAGUUUAUGUAGGCCAGUUUCUUGCAGGCAAAAUUAGCAAUAGCAAUACAAGCACCACCACCACAAGCGACUUAUGUCACGUACGCAUGUGUGCAGAAGUGCAGCAUGCAACCUCAUUCUUCUAGGCCGUUCGCCAAGCAAAAGUGCCUUAUGGAACCAAAUUAACGUGUAAAAGUAAGUUGCGUCGGAAAAAUGCGUAAAGUAUAACUUGCACACAAGCGGCAAGCAUGAUAGCUUCGAAUUGUUAUUCGAAUAUGCGAGAAAACGUAAAUCUGUUACGCAGACACUGAAAGACAAAGCCAUUUCCCAGCUGCCGUUUUGAAGUCCGAGUGACCACGACCGUUGCAUGGCGGUACUGUUAGUACAGGAUGCAUCCUCAUUCUUGUUGGCCCUCUGCCAAGUGCAAAUGCGUUGUAGAACUAAUUGAGUUUCUCAAAGUAAUAUGCCUCAGAAAAUUCGUAAAGUACGACUUAAACACAACCUCCAGACAAGAUAGCAUCGGUUUUCUAAUUCGAAUAUGCGAGAAAACGUCAUUCUGUUACGCGGGAACACAAACCUGUUUUCCAGCUGCUGUUUUUUUGGGUGAGCACGCCACAAAAAAUCCCGACCAACUAGAGGCUAACAGCGUCACUGUAAAACGAUAUGUUGCUUGUCAGUCUUUGUGGCUCCAAGUUAUCUGCUGCUCGUGCGCUGUGUCUAAUGCUAAAUAAUCUAUAAUAAAUUAUGUAUCUCAUCAUAAAGGGUGUGCUCAGAGCAAACUUUAAGAAUGAGUGCCCGAUCCCCCCUCCCCACCUCGUAGUGUCCACAGGAUUUUUCCAAAUUUAAGGUUUCCAGGUUGGCAUGUACGCAUAGGCAUUUUAUUUAUAGUAAAGGUGUGCUUUCUUCAUUAAAGGGGGGGGGGGGGGGGCUUGUUAGUUUGGAGUGUUGGCUCUUUUUUUUUUUAAUUGCUUUCUUUCUGACGUGAAUGUUUACCAGCUAACCAGAUCUCAGUUCUUCGAGGGGUUGGUGAAUUCAAGGCUACUUGUUGAGUUUGGGACCUGGCAACCCUGGUGGGUUGACUCAUGAGUAAGCACCUCUGAGCUGGUUGCCCAUUUUGAAAUCUGAUAUCCGGGACACGUGCAUGGUGGCCAGUCACUCAAAUUUCUAUAUUGUCUAUGCAGCUGUUCGUCUGAUAGCCGGUAUGUCUGUCAUGGAUGGUUCUUGCAAGUUUUAACACAAUUCAACCGUACUUGUGCACUUGAUUUUAAAGGUUGCAUAGCCCACUGGAUGAAAAAAAAGCCACGCAUAAGAUGUUUUUGGCACAUGCAAGCCUCUAAAACAGUGUGGUUUAGCGUUCUGCCGGCUUCUGUGACAUCUUUCAUGCACAAGGAGCACAAGAGAAUUAUGUGCCACAUGGCACCAGGAAAUGUGCUAGCAGACACCUUUGGUGUGGUGUUGUCGGCGGUGGUGGAAGACUGAUGUGUCGCAUGCAUGCCUCAGCGUUGUUUCUCUAGCGAGCACAGCUCAUUCACAAUGCUUUUCGCUGAACAAAUUAAAUGAUGUGGCUAUUGGGAUAAAGGCCUAAACAAAGUAAAAGGCACCCAAGAUGCUGAUGUCAGGGAGUGUGUACCAUAAAAAUAAGGGAGUACUGCUUGUACUACAUUGAAAUUUAAUAUAUAUUUCUCUGUUGCUUUGUUUCCUUCAGCACGUGAAAACUUCUUGAGGCAGCUCAUUGAUAUGCAGCUCUUCUGACCACUGUACAAAGAUUGCUGUUUUCAGCCAAAACUGUUCAUACAACUUUCUUGGUGUCUUGGCUUUCUGCACAAGGUCGUCUAGUCUCGGAGCCAUUACGAGAUAUGUCGCGUGUCUUGCAUCGCUUUGUGUCGUAAGCUCCCUUCAGUGCCCAAAUGCAUGAUACAAUUGAAAUGGCCUUUGCUUUAUUUUGACAUUUCUUGUGAGCGUCUUGUGUCUUAGCGUGUCAAGAGAUGUAUGUGAUACGGCUCUGGGUAUGCCCGGUGUUUGGAGUGAGCUCUGCUCUGAUUGCAUUGUGAGAACAUAUGGUAUGAUCUCUGGCGAGUGUGCUCGUACCUCUUUUGAGAGUAAUAAUAAAGGUGUAACAAAGGCA